UUAUUAUUAUACUUCUUUCAGUCUCUCUGCUGUUCUCAAUAAACUCUCUUUAAUCCAGUUUCAGUUACUGAUAAUUACUGCAUUUAGUAAACAACAAAAAAACAUAGGGCUCCAUAGAUGAAAGAUUCUGAUUCAUUUCUCGUACCUGAUGAGAUUACGAGGAUUGUUGGUCACUGAUUCACAUACAGAAACUCUCUCACUCCCCCUCUUUGUUGUAAUAAGUAUUUCUUUCCUUUUUUUUCUCAUAGGGUUUUCCAGUUAGUUAUGGCAAUGAGAGGAGUCGAUUUCAAGUGGUACGAUGGCUUCUUCUUGUCAAUGCUUGCAACAAGUGCAAUCAUUGUUGCCAUCAAUUGGAAGCGUUACCAUCUUUGUACAUACCCUUUGCACAUAUGGAUAAUGGUUGACUACACUACUGUUUUUGUGUUUCGCUUGUUGAUGUUCAUAGAUAAUGGACUUGCUGCUGGAAUGGGAUUGGAUUUUGGGUGGCAGCAGAGAUAUGCUCGUUUUUGUGGAAGAAUUGUGGUUCUUUCAAUUCUCUCUCUGCUACUAUAUCCAUUUCUUUGGGCGUGGACUAUAAUUGGCACUCUCUGGUUCACAAAUGCAAGAGAUUGUUUACCAGAAGAAGGUCAGAAAUGGGGUUUUCUUAUAUGGUUGCUUUUCAGCUACUGUGGACUCAUUGGUAUUGCUUGCAUCUCUGUUGGAAAGUGGCGGGUACGAAGACAAGCACAUCACUUGCGUGCUCAGCAGGGCAUUCCUAUUUCAGAAUAUGGGGUGUUGGUUGAUUUGAUCCGGGUGCCAGAUUGGGCAUUUGAAGCUGCAGGUCAAGAAAUGAGAGGUAUGGGCCAAGAUGCUGCUGUGUACCAACCUGGACUCUACUUGACUCCCACUCAGAGAGAAGCAGUGGAGGCGCUUAUUCAAGAACUUCCAAAGUUCAGGCUCAAGGCUGUUCCAACUGAUUGCAGUGAAUGCCCCAUCUGCCUUGAAGAGUUCCAUGUAGGGAAUGAGGUUCGUGGCCUGCCUUGUGCACAUAAUUUCCAUGUUGAAUGCAUCGACAAGUGGCUUCGACUGAAUGUGAAAUGUCCACGGUGUCGCUGCUCAGUCUUCCCAAAUCUUGACCUUAGUGCCUUGUCUAAUCUCCUCGCUGAUUCUGAAAGAUCUCCUGCCACCCUAACAACCAACCGUUAUGUGAGAACCGUGCCUUUCAGCCAAAUCUAUCUGUUGAGAAUGCAGGGUCUGCUCUGGCCUGUCCGAACUGAAAAUGCUGGGGUGCCCACCGAUGCAGAUAUUGAUGUGGAAGCUGCUGAGAAUGGAAGUGUGCACAUGGCAACUGAGGAACCAAGAGGUGUGGGACCGGUUUCCUCAGCUGGUUGUGUGCUUGACGGUCAGUCCACCCAACCUCAUCACUAGCCUUUUUUCCUGGAUUGUCGCAGUUAUACAACCUCUUAACCUUGUGCUGAGAGAAGCUAGGCUUCGCUGAAUCACACUUUAAUGAAAAAACCAAUGCCCUCAGCUGCUAUAUAACACAGAGAAAAGCAAAAUGACGUAUGUCCAUGACCACUGUCUAAUUGCUGUGUUGAUACGUGAUGUACCAGAAAAGGAACCCCACUCAACAAUUUACAUGGGGAUUUCCGGGCUAAAAAAUCAGUAAUGAUAACCUUUGUAAUUUGUUAACGAGAAUGGAGCUUAGAUUUACCGAUAUAGAAUUAUUAUUGCGAAGUUUGUUUUGUUUUUGUUCAACAACGAAUUUUGGUUUA